AUGGCAAUGAUAGACUUGAAAGGCCUGUUCCCAACAGUAACAGCCUUCAUCGCAUUUAUAAUCACAAUCCUCUGCCUCUUCGCAGGAACGCAGAAGAACUUUCUCAAUGGCGCUGAUCUCUUAACUCUCUACACCCCCUCAAGCCAGACCAAAACCCAAACCACAACCCAAACAAACGUCGCACACGAUUUCUACUCGAUCCAUAUAAUGUCCUACUGCCAGGGCGAACUAGGCACAACAGACCCAAGCGCGGGCGUUACGCGUAACGUAACAACCUGCUCGAGCCGCACGAUACUCUUCGCUUUCGACCCGACGCAAGCCUGGCCCAAAGAGGUCACCCACGGCGCCGAGCUGGACUGGCCGCGAGUCAUCGCUGAUGAUUUCCACGCUUUCCGUAUGACUAGUCGCGCUAUGGCUGUGCUGUAUUGUAUGGGCGUUGGCGCUAUCGGUGCCGUGCUUAUUGGGCGUGUUUUUGAGACGUUUAUGCCGUGGGGUGGUCAGGGUCUUUUUGAAUUUUGGUUUUUGAUUCUCGGAACCUUCAGCAUAAGCAUCGCAUCUGUAAUCGCAACAGUCAUCGCCUUCGACUUCGUAUCCCUCAUCAACGCACAUGGCGAGGGGUCGAACGUGUCAGCGCACUACGGCGACAAAUUCCUCGGAAUGACCUGGGCCUCGGCGGGGCUAUUACUCGCCGGCAGUGUAGCGUCCUUCGUGAACGUGUUCAUUCGUGCAGCACGAGCGGUGCCAGCGCCUGCAGUUGAGAAGGACAUAGAGGGGUAA